AUGUUCGUCGCAAAGAACCCCAAGGCGGCCGAUCGCCUAAGCGAACAGAUCAAACAAAGAAGUGUACGAAAAGAGUAUAUUGCUAGGGUUAUCGGCAACUUUCCUGACGAGGAAGUGGUUUGCAACCAGCCUUUACUUCAAAUUUCCCCAAAACUUGGGUUGAAUCGAGUGCGAGCAAACGGGAAGACGGCUCGCACGGUUUUUAAGAAGUUAGCAUACUAUCCCCCACGCGAGCCGCGAGGGGAGGGAGAUAACGAUCCUUCUGAAAUAGAAGGCGUUUCCGAAGAUAAGGGUAGGCCAUGGCUACGUAAGGAGGGAUAUUCCAUCGUGCGAUGCCUUCCAGUUACCGGCAGGACUCAUCAGAUCCGCGUUCAUCUCCAGCAUUUGGGACAUCCUAUUCAAAACGAUCCUAUCUACGCUAACCAAAGGGUUUGGGGAAUGAAUCUCGGAUAUAAUGACCCUGAAGCCCUUGAAAAUACAGAUGAGGAUAUUAUUACGCGCCUUAAUCGGAUGGGAAAAGAAGAAGUUGCAGACGCCGUUGCUUACCAUGACGAGAUGGUGGACGAAUACUACAAGAGAAAGGCAGAAAAGAUGUCUGGUGAGCUCUGUAAGAUCUGCGAUACACCAUUAUACACAGACCCCGGACUGCAAGAGCUCUCGCUAUGGCUACAUAGUCUUCGAUACGAGGAUGCAGGUGGUGAGUGGAGCUACGUUAGCCCUCUUCCUGGAUGGGCUUUACCCCCUUCUGGCAUGUCCGGGCCUACAGAAGUCGGAGGUAUGGAAGAAUUGGUCUCAGCAGUAAAAGAUGUCAACCCCGAAAUUGUAUGA